AUGAAGUUGAAUAUUUCGAACCCUUUGAAUAAUGUACAAAAAAGUAUAGAGAUUGAUGAUGAGAAAAAAUUAUUGCCCUUUAUGGAAAAGAGAAUAGGGAAUGUAGUACCAGGGGAUUCAAUAGGAGAUGAAUUCACUGGAUAUGUUUUUAGGAUAACGGGAGGUAAUGAUAAGCAAGGUUUCCCAAUGAUGCAAGGGGUUUUAACAAAUAACCGUGUCAGAUUGUUAUUUAAGAAAGGUAUGAAAUGCUAUAGGCCAAGAAAAAAAGGAGAAAGAAAAAGAAAAUCCGUUAGAGGUUGCAUUGUUGGGCAAGAUUUAUCUGCUUUAAAUUUAACUUUAGUAAAAAAAGGUACAAAUGAAAUUCCAGGAUUAACUGAUAAGACUGUUGGUAAAAAAUUAGGACCCAAGAGAGCUAGCAAAAUUAGAAAGCUAUUCAAUUUAGAUAAAACUGAUGAUGUAAGAAAAUAUGUUAUUGGCAGAUCUGUUACUAAAAAUGGUAAAACUAGAAUUAUUAAACCAAAAAUUCAAAGAUUAGUUACGGAAAAAAGACUAUUUAGAAAAAGAACAUUAAUGGAGGCUAAGAAAAAACGUAUAUUAGAAAAAUGCAAAGCUAUCAAGGAAUACAAAAAUGUUUUAAAAAAAUAUAGAAAAAAAAUGGUCUCAAAAAAACAAGAAGAAACAGGAAAAAAGAAAAAAGUUAAAAAAACCAUUUCCAAAAAAAAUGUGAAGGGGGAAAAAAGCAAAGAAAAAAUUGCAAAAAACCCAAAGGAUAAAGUAAAAACUAAAAAUGUAGAAAAAACAGUUGACAAAAAAGACAAAAAAACGGAAAAACCAAAAGUGGAAAAACAAGUGAAACCUGAAAAUAAGACAAAAACUGAGAAAAAAACGGUUGCAAAAGAUAAUAAAGAAGGAAAUAAAGGAGAUAAAAAGAAGAAAAAUCAAAAAUAA